UUUUUUUUGCAUCGAAAAAAAAAAGUUGCAAGGCCUGCAAUGCACGCGGAGUUGCGACUUGUCUACAUAACCACACCACUAGCGCCCAGCCAAAACAGCAGGCCGUCGCUAUAGCUACACACUUCCAAAGACCAACGAACACGUCAACAAGUGAAGUGCAGUGAGCGGACACACCACCGAGGAGCCAAGAAUGGCGCCGCACCAUCUUGCCCUCCUCCUGCUCGCCGCGCUGCUCCCGGCGGCGGCCAUCGGCGCCGACCCGGACGCCGUGCAGGACUUCUGCGUGCCGGACCCCGGGCGCGGCCGGCCCGUGGAGCUCAACCUCAUCCGCUCCUACCCGUGCAGGAGCCCGGCCAACCUGACGGCGGGCGACUUCGCCUUCUCGGGCGUGCGCGCGGCGGGCAACUUCUCGGCCGACACGGGGUUCGCGGGGGUGUCCGUCACGCCGGCGCAGUUCCCGGGCCUGCACACUCUGGGCAUGUCCUUCGCCCGCGCCGACCUCUCGGCCGCCGGCGGCGUCAACCCGCCGCACCACCACCCGCGCGCCACCGAGACGGCGCUCGUCCUCGCCGGCCGCGUCUACGCCGGCUUCGUCGACACGGGGGGCCGCCUCUUCGCCAAGGUGCUCGUGGAGGGGGAGGUCAUGGUGUUCCCCCGCGGCAUGGUGCACUUCCAGCUCAACGUCGGCGACCAGCCCGCCACCGUCUACGGCACCUUCAACAGCGAGAACCCCGGGAUCGUGCGCAUCCCGGCCACCGUGUUCGGGUCCGGGAUCAGGGACGCCGUCCUUGAGAGGGCUUUUGGGCUCUCCCCCGAGGAGCUCCGGCGGAUCGAGAAGAGGUUCGGCGUGCCCAAGAAGGCCGAGCUGGAGGACUAGUUAAUUCGUCUAUUAUACUUCGUUCCUUGCUGGUCGGCCAUGGCCGCAUGUGCAUGAUUAGAUGACAGGUAGACUUGUGGGUUGGGAGUAUGGGCAAUACUACUUAUUUCUUUUCCAUUUAAUUAAUAUAAUAUACUUGUGGAUUUGUAGUGGUGGUUGGUAGGGCUCAUCCGUAUGUGUAAUGAUAUGAAAAGUGUAAGGUAUACAAAUGAUUGCGAGUAUAUGGUAGUACCAAACAAA